AUGUCAUCCUCCGAAGCGGGCAGACUGAACCGGUCGUCGUUUCUAAGACGCCUGUUCAGUCGGGGCAGGCUACGGGCGUCAAGCGGCCCUCAUUCGGGGGCCGCUGGGGAGACAUACGAUGACGACGAUGCGGAUACAAUGGUGAUGAUGCCAUCACCGCACACACAUCCACUCCUUUCCAAACCGUACGCGCGGGAUGAAUUUCAACUACGACGGCGGCGGCCCAGAGCUCCAAAAUCCGCCUUUACCGGCCUGGACAGCUCAACAGCGCGCAAACUCUCGAUCCCGAAGCUCACUGGCGGGUUCGAAUACUCGGGCAGCUCGUUCUCCAUCAACCUCACCGCACAAGGAGAUAUGUACCGACGGAGUCUUCGGGAACGGGAAAUCGCGGCGAUGGCUGCAGCCACGGAUCGUAGAUAUGUACAGGAGUGGGGCUUCUUCAUCAAAUGCUAUUCGGAAGGCCGAUUCAACUUGUCGAAUCCACCCGAUCCUCCGCCCCGCCGGCCAGAAUUCAAUCAUCUCAUUGCACCGCUGCCCCCGAACGAGCGACAAAGACUAAAGGCUGUUAGAGCGUGUAAUAUUACUUUAUCCGCGGCGGCACACGAAAAAUGCCAUCGACUGGUCCUGCUCGCCCGGAAGGUGUUUCAGACGCGGAUGGCUUGCAUUAGUCUGAUCGAUGAGAGCCUGGAAAUCAUCAAGGCGGAACAUUCGUUCGGCCGAAAAUACCUCUCUCGCGGAGACAGUAUCGCGACGCAUGUCUUGCUGACUAACGAGCCGAUGGUUGUGUUGGACACCGUGAAGGACUGGCGGUUUCGCGGAAGCCCGUUAACGCAGGAUGCACCACACUUACGAUUCUACGCUGGCGCUCCUAUCACCAACUUUGAUGGCCAAACAAUCGGAGUAUUCGCAGUCUUUGAUACGCAACCGCGAUCCGCAUUUCCCGCCGCUUCCCGCAGGAAUCUCAUGGAUUUUGCACGGCUGGCUAUGACCGAGUUCGAAAUGGUGAUGGAGGAACACGAUGUGAUGAAGCAGCACAUGCCCACCAAGAUCGUGGGGCAGACGAAAGUGGCCGACAGCGAUACGGACUCCAUUGCUUCUCGUAGGGGAAGGCUCUCGGCGAAACUACUCAAGGGGAUCGAGGAGAACGCGGAGAAGAUGCCGCCUGUCAGUCCUAUCCUUGCGGGCGAGGCUUCGGAAGUAAUCCUGGAUUCGCCAACGGUUCCGACCAUGCCUCAGGACAGCUUCGUUGCCAGGCCCAGAGAAGCAAGUCAGGGAAGCCUUGUCCUUCCGCCUCCGGAAUCACCAACAUGGUUUUCGGACGAGGAGCCACGCCAAUACAAGGUGAUGGACAAUCCCCCUCCUCGAACUUCCAGCCGUGCACCUCCACCGCCUCAUGUCGGUGUGGCGCCCUCAUCGACAGGAUACGCAAACGCAACCCCGAUAACGCCUCGCUACAAGCAGCACCGGCCACUUCCAAUAGUUCCCGCCCCGCACCUCCCCAAUGCACGUCACCUCAUCUCGCCCGCACCUUCAACCCCGUCAACACCCCGUAUUCCAACAUCGCCUGGCUCGAUAACGUCGAUGGUGGAAGCUACUUACGCCACCUCCCUCAUCGCCCGCUCACUCGAUUACGACUUUGUGUACCUGCUCCGGGUCAGUUCCUGCGCGGCCGAGUAUUCGCCGCUGGUCCCGAUCGAACCGUACCGCGAGAAGACCGCCAUCUCGACACGAGUCCUAGUAGCCCAUGGCCUGCCCUCUCCGCCGCCCAUCUUCGAUGCCGGCCUGCACCUGCGCGCUCUCCGGACCGUUGGCGGGCUAAUAUUCCAGAAUCCAGCUCAGGAAGAUAGUGGAGAGGACGACGUGGGGUACCAGCUUGGAAUAUUAUUACCGCUCGCGAGGGACUGCGGUGAUGGCGUCGGUGGCAGCGAUGAGGGCUAUUACUCCCCCGGAGCCACCGAGAACUGCGUCGGCGGUAUCGUGCUCGCCGCCUUCGCACGGAAGGCGAGCAUACAACCGGCGUUCCGCGCUGAUGAAGUCCGGUUUUUGCGGGAGUUUGGCGAGGCCAUGCGGGAUAUCCUCGUCAAGGCGGAUCGGAGUCUCAAGAUGGGUUCGCGAGUGUAG